AUGGCGUCCUCCAAGCUCGUCGCCGGCCUCUUCCUCGCCCUGGCGCUGGUCGUCGCCACCACGCCACACCCCUCGCAAACCACCAGGAGCUUGGCCGAGCACGGCUGCUGCGGCACCCCGUCGCCGGCGCCGCCACCAGACGCAAGCCCGCCGGGUCAGGAGCCGGCGACGGCGUCGUGCAUGUCGUGGUUCAUGGGGAUGACCCCGUGCAUGGACUUCUUCACCGACGCCAGCGUGCCGGCGCCUUCGAGCGCCUGCUGCAGGGGCCUCGAGUCGCUCGUCGACGGCGCGGCCGUCUGCCUCUGCCACGCCAUGAACGGGGACAUCGACAACCUCAUGCCGGCGAACACGGACUUCACCCGCGUGUCGGACCUCCCGGCGGCCUGCGGCGUCGCGUUGCCGGUGGAAAGGCUCUCCAAAUGCGAAAGAAAGCCACCACCAGUAGCACGCAGCAGGCGGUUGAAGAACAGCAAAUUCAGUUUGGAAUAG